AUGGCUGGUAGAGAUAUAGAAAGAGACAGACUAGUAAAGAAAAUUGCGGAAAAGAGAGCCAAAUUAGAGGCUAGAGGAGAUUUGAAAUUGAAAAUACCCAGAUUAUCACUACCUUCCGAUUUUAAUAUCCAUGACAGGUCUAUAUUUGCCUUACCCCCAGAGCUUCUAAAACCUAUCCUUGCAUCACAUCAUCCAAAGUACAAAAAGAAAUUUGCAGCGGAAAAAAAGAAACAUGCUGAUCUUGAUUCUAAAUUGCGAUCUUAUACAGCUCUUAAAAAGCAGAGGGAAGAAUUUAGGAGGAGAUUAGUUAAUUUAAUUGUCAGUAAAGAUGAAGAGCGCGAGAUUGGCCCUGACGAAAUUCCGUCUGCAGAAGAAAGAGAGAUGUUGCGUUACUAUUACUAUGUCAAACAUGGGGUCGACACAGUCCAUGUUGCUCCACUGGAUGAGAAAGUUUUAAGCAGGGUACUAUCUCUUGUUCCUAGACGGCUAAUGGUCUGGGAGGAAACCUUAGCGAAAUCGAUAGAAGACGUAAAAGAAGAUUUUAUGACAGCUGUGAAGAAAGCAAUUAUUGACUUUGUUUUACAAGAUCACUCUUUCGUUAAAUCCUUGAGCGAAGGUGAAUCAGAGUUCAAGAAAGAACUAAAAGAGAUCGGUAAUAGUUUUAGGCCCAUCUACGAAGCUGGCAAGUUGAAAAUGGAGAGACACUUGCAUGUUGUCAAUCCGUGCUUGACUGCUCUCUUAGAUGUAUGGUACACCAAAUGCAGAAAGUUACGCCUUGUGGAUGUUGAUGAGUUAAUGCAACACCAAGGUACUUUUGACCUUCAGGAGUUCAAGUACGCUACCAAUAGACAAAUAGAAAAAUGCAAAGCGACACUCAUGAACAAUUAUUACUCCGAAGUGGUUGACAUAUUUCUACAAGGCAGUAAGAGAAAUAAGCUGCCAGAUCCUGGCAAGCCAAAGAAGAUGGUGUCAUUUUAUAACGCCGUUGCUACUGUGAUGACUUAUCAAUUGCAGACAUUAUGUCUGAAGUCAUUAUAUGAUUACGUAACUUACAUAACUGACGUAAAGUAUAAGAACAAGGGUUUCCAGGUGAAGCUUUUGCAGAGAGGAGAUAUGCUUGCCUUUGAACCACCCUUCAAGAACUUUAGAGACGCCCUGUUAAAAUUAAUCGAUAUUAUAAUAGAAGCGGUGGAGGAUAUUCCACGUCUGGAAACCAAGCUCUAUUUGGACUGGAUGGGACCGGAACAAUUUUUGAAACCAAUCAUUCCCAAAGAGACAGCUGUAGGCUACAAGAAACGAAUUAGGAGUAUGCUGGAAGACCAAAGAAUAGGUCCGGAGUUAAGGGUUCAAGAUUUUGACGAGUUCCUCCAACUUGUCAAUGGCAAAGAGGAAGAAUUCGUUCAGAAAUUUUUAUCGGGGGAGCACAAGUUCGAUGAGUACAUGGAGCAGAUCGCUAGAUUUCAACAACUGACAGAUAUCAUUCCGCUCAAAACUGACUACGUCAUACGAAUGGAGAUGUACGAGAUGCACAGGGUGGACCUGAUAAAAGGGUUGGAGGCGGCCGCUGCGAAUUUCAAGGAUAUGCUGAUUGAGCGAUGCGUUAAGGAUUACCUACUAGUCUGCAAAACCUUAGGGGACGAAUACCAAGCCAUUGCAGAUAAAGCGCUGAGUAUCCCCACGAACACAGCUGAACUAAUGGCUCUUAUAAAAUUCGUGGACGAGGUGGAGACCAAGACCUUAAUACAGAUGGAGGAACGCCUAAAAGACGUCAUGGCGUAUAUAUUGGCCUUAUGCGACUAUUGCACCUUCACACCCGUCGAAAUGAAGCAGAACAACAUUACGUUUCAAUGGUACCUGCACAUGCCGAAGGUCAUCGAAGAGCACCGGCAACUCGUUGAUUCGAAACGCGACGAAUUCCAGGAAUCACUUAAGGUGCGAAUUCAGAAAUUUACCGAGGAUUUGGAACUGUACGCCAGAAUGGUUGAUGAACUUCAGAACAACGGCGACGUUGAAGAUUUGCCGAAAUACCAUAAGAAGGCUACGAAACUUGAUGAAAGAUUAAUUCAAGCUAUGGAACGUAUAGAUGCUUUCAACGAGGAAGAAGCUGCUUUUGGUUUUGAAACGUCUCAGUAUCCCUUGAGGAAACAAAUUCAUGACAAAUUGGGACCUUACAAGAAACUUUACGAUAACGCCGUUGGUUUCUUAGAGAAGAACGAAUUGUGGAUGAAGUCCAGGGUUGGUUCUCAUGACCCAGAAGAAAUCGAAACCGAUGUAGGGACUUACUACAGGAAUAUCUAUAAGCUGGAAAAAAUAUUCACCGACAAGCCUGCGACUCUCAAUCUUGCCACCACGGUUCGUGAGCAAAUAGAGGAAUUCAAGGAGCAUAUGCCUAUAAUACAGACUCUGGGUAAUCCAGGAAUGAAGGAACGCCACUGGGAGAAGAUCUCGGAAAUCGUAGGAUUCCCCAUAAAGGUAGACGAUGAGCUUACCUUGGAAAAGGUCAUCGACUAUGGCCUGGACGACUACAUAGAAAAGUUCGAGGCUAUAUCCGAAGCCGCAACCAAGGAGAACAACCUGGAGAAGAACCUGAAUAAGAUGAUAUUCGAGUGGAAGGACAUGGAGUUUACGGUUUUGGUGUACAAGGAUACGGGCACGUAUAUCCUUUCUGCUGUGGACGAUAUCCAAGUAUUGCUGGACGACCACCUGAUCAAGACGCAGACUAUGAAGAACUCGCCUUAUAUUAAACCUUUCGAGGCUCAGAUACUGGAUUGGGAGGCAAAGCUUCAGUUGCUCCAGGAAAUUCUCGAUGAAUGGUUGAAGGUACAAUCAACGUGGAUGUAUCUGGAACCCAUAUUUUCGUCUCCGGAUAUUCAACAACAGAUGCCAGAGGAAGGUAGAAGGUUUAGUGCUGUAGACAAGAUAUGGAGGGACGUGAUGAAAAGCGUCAAUGCCGAUUGCAAAGUCUUAGCCGUCGUGGAGAUAGACAAGAUGGCUGAAAGACUCAAGAAAUGUAACAAUCUCCUAGAAAUGAUCCAAAAGGGACUGAACGACUACCUAGAGAAGAAACGGUUAUACUUCCCACGGUUCUUCUUCUUGUCUAACGACGAAUUAUUGGAAAUCUUAUCUGAAACUAAGGAUCCCACACGGGUACAACCUCAUCUGAAGAAAUGUUUCGAAGGCAUAGCCAAAUUAACGUUCACUGAAGACCUGGACGUGACACAGAUGAGGUCUAGUGAAGGAGAAAUCGUUCCACUGGUGGACGUCAUCCAAACUGCUCUUGCCAGAGGCCAAGUAGAGAAAUGGUUGGUCGAACUCGAAACCGACAUGAAGAAAUCGGUGCACAAUAUGGUGGCAGCGUCCAUCAUCGACUACCCGAAGGUUCCGCGAGAGCAGUGGGUGUUGAAGUGGCCAGGACAAUGUAUACAAUCUGUCGGUUGCACUUUCUGGACGACAGAAGUGACGGCAGCGAUUGUAGUGGGAUUGGAGGAAUUAAAGAAGUAUUUGGUGAAGUCUAAUUUACAGAUUUCUAAAAUAGUUGAUUUGGUGAGGGGAAAAUUGAAUCUACAGAAUCGUAUAACUCUAGGUGCUUUGGUUGUGCUGGAUGUUCAUGCCAGGGAUGUGUUAUCGGGAAUGAUCACCGAGGAGGUUAAGAACGUGAACGACUUCAAGUGGUUGUGCCAACUUCGUUACUACUGGGAGGGCAAUCAAAUGAUCACUUCCAUGAUUAAUUCCACUUUAAAAUACGGAUAUGAGUAUUUGGGGAAUACCCCAAGGCUGGUGGUGACUCCAUUGACUGACAGAUGUUACAGAACGUUGUUUGGAGCUUUACAUCUGCAUUUAGGUGGAGCUCCGGAAGGACCUGCGGGUACAGGAAAAACGGAAACGACGAAGGACUUAGCCAAAGCCGUCGCCAAACAGUGCGUCGUCUUCAACUGUUCCGACGGUUUAGACUACCUCGCCCUAGGCAAAUUCUUUAAGGGAUUAGCUUCCUGCGGCGCCUGGUCAUGUUUCGAUGAGUUCAACCGUAUAGACUUGGAGGUGCUCUCCGUCGUCGCCCAACAGAUCCUGACUAUCCAGAGAGGUAUUAAUUCCGGCAACGAGAAGCUCUUCUUCGAAGGCACCGAGCUGAAGCUGGAUCCGACCUGCGCGGUGUUCAUCACGAUGAAUCCCGGUUACGCGGGUAGAUCGGAGUUGCCGGAUAACCUGAAGGCCCUCUUCAGAUCCGUCGCGAUGAUGGUUCCCGACUACGCUUUGAUAUCGGAAAUAGAGUUGUACGCCUUCGGGUUCUUGACGGCGAAACCUCUGGCGAUCAAAAUCGUUGCUACGUAUCGAUUGUGCUCGGAGCAGUUGUCGUCGCAGUGUCACUAUGAUUAUGGAAUGCGAGCUGUAAAAUCAGUACUAAGAGCAGCAGGUGCUUUGAAGCUGCGUUAUCCUGAUGAGAAGGAAGACAUCUUGGUGUUGAGAUCCAUCAAAGAUGUCAAUCUAGCCAAGUUUUUGGUCCACGACGUCCCAUUGUUCCAUGGAAUCACAUCUGAUUUGUUCCCCGGCGUGGUGUUGCCGGAACCCGACUACGUCAUCCUGAACCAAGCGGUGGAAGAUGCCUGCAAGGUGAGGAACGUCCAAUGUACUCAGUUCUUCCUCGAAAAAAUCCAGCAGUUGUACGAAAUGAUAGUGGUGAGGCACGGCCUGAUGCUGGUAGGUUUUCCUUUCGCCGGGAAGACGACUUGCUACAGGGUGCUAGCCGAUGCCUUGGCUCUUGUGGAGGAAAGGGGCGGAAUGGACGAGCACAGAGCUAUUUACACAAUCAUGAAUCCGAAGUCUAUCACGAUGGGGCAACUUUACGGCCAAUUCGAUCCGGUUUCGCAUGAGUGGUCGGAUGGGGUGCUCGCUGUUAGCUUUAGACAGUUUGCCAUGUCCACUUCAGAAGACAGGAAGUGGUUGAUUUUCGACGGACCUGUCGACGCCGUAUGGAUCGAAAACAUGAACACGGUGUUGGACGACAAUAAGAAGUUGUGCUUGAUGUCCGGAGAGAUCAUUCAACUCUCCAAUACCACGAAUUUAAUAUUCGAGCCUAUGGAUUUGGAUGUGGCGUCUCCUGCCACGGUGUCGAGAUGUGGAAUGAUCUAUAUGGAACCGGGAUCUUUGGGAUGGGAACCCCUAUUGCAAUCUUGGUUAAAUACGUUACCUACAUUUAUAAACAACGAUUUCUACAAAAACAUGAUUUACAAUUUGUUCUUGAGGUUCUGCAGGCCGCUGCUGUGGCUAAUUCGAAAGGGAGGUGUCAAGGAAAUUAUAUCCAGCUCGGAUCACAACCUUCUAAAAUCCGCGAUGAACCUUUUCGAUUGUUUCAUGGACGAUUUCUAUGACGAGAAAUUCAGAGAACAAGUUUCCGACCUCGAUGUUAGGGCCCAGCUGGAGGGAUCCUUCUUCUUCGCCUGCAUCUGGUCGCUCGGAGCCACGAUAGACAUAGACAGCAGACCGAAGUUCAGCAUGCUCUUCAGGGGUUUGCUGGAGAAGGAGUUUCCGGAAAAAGUGAAAGAGGCUUUGCACAUUCCAUUCGAGAUCCAUAAGCCGGAGAAGCCAUAUAUCUUCUCGAUUCCUAUUGGGGAGACUGUUUUCGACUAUCGUUUUAUUAAAGAGGGCAAAGGCAAAUGGAAAUUGUGGUCUGAUGAGCUUAUGAAUUCCCCUCCCAUACCUAGGGAUAUUCCAGUUAAUCAAAUAAUCGUCACUACCGUGGAAACCAUCAGGAAUAUUGCUCUGAUGCAGCUGUUGGUGCAGCACCAAAAGGCUAUGAUCAUUAUUGGGCCGACCGGUACAGGGAAAUCAGUAUAUGUUACUGAUUUCCUGUUGAAGAAAAACGAUACCAGUACCUACAUACCACUAUUCAUCAAUUUCUCCGCACAAACAACCGCCAACCAAACUCAAGACAUCAUCAUGUCCAAGUUAGAUAAAAGAAGAAAAGGCGUGUUUGGGCCUCCGGUAACGAAAAGAUGCGUGAUAUUCGUAGACGACGUCAAUAUGCCUCUCAAAGAAAUCUACGGUGCUCAGCCGCCGAUUGAACUGUUGAGGCAAUGGUUCGACCACGAGAUGUGGUACGACCGAAAGGAGAUCGUACCCAUGAAACUAAUAGACAUCCAGUUCAUGUGCGCUAUGUGUCCACCAGGUGGCGGAGGCAACACUAUCACUCCUAGGUUCUCUCGACACUUCAACCACGUCUGUAUCGACGAAUUCCAAGACAACACGCUGAUCAACAUUUUCAGCAAGAUCAUGCUGUGGCAUUUAGAUACAAGGGGCUUCUCCAAAGACUUUGAUCCUUGCAUCGAGCAAAUUGUUCAUGCCACGUUGGACAUCUACAAGAUGGCCAGGGCCAAUUUGCUGCCGACUCCGACGAAGUCGCAUUACCUCUUCAAUCUGAGAGAUUUCUCCAGGGUGAUACAGGGCGUCCUAUUGUCUGUACCUGAAGCCAUGGAAGACAUGGUGGCUAUGAAACGACUAUGGGUACAUGAAGUCUUACGGGUAUACUACGACCGUCUAGUAGACGAUGCUGAUAGGUCCUGGAUUAUUGAAGCACUCAGAGAGGUGGUUGCUGAUAAGUUGGAGGAGGAUCUCAAUGAUAUGUUUAAGAGGUUGGGCACACUUCAAUCUUCAACGAUUGGAGAGAUGGAGUUAAGGAACCUUUUGUAUUGCGACUUCGCUAAUCCCAAGGCAGACCAAAGGCACUACAUCGAGGUUUUAGAUUUGGAGAACCUACGUGGUAUUGUAGAGGGAUAUCUGGCUGAAUUCAAUAACAUGACCAAGAAACCUAUGAACUUGGUCCUGUUCAAGUUCGCGAUAGAGCACUUAUCUAAGAUCUGCAGGAUAAUAAAGCAGCCAAGGAGCCACGGCAUGUGUGUAGGAGUGGGAGGCUCCGGCCGACAGUCCUUGACCCGUCUGGCCGCUCACAUCUCCGAGUACGAGGUGUUCCAAGUGGAGAUCACCAGACUUUACGGUGUCAACGAGUGGAGAGAAGACGUGAAGGCCAUCCUGAGGAAGGCCAGUUCGUCCGACCAGCACGGUGUCUUCCUCUUCACCGACACCCAGAUCAAGGAAGAAGCUUUCCUGGAAGACGUUAGCAACCUUAUGAAUUCAGGAGAGGUGCCAAACUUGUUUACGACCGAAGAGAAAAUAGAGAUCUGCGAGAAAAUGAGACAGUUGGACAGGCAGAGGGAUAAAUCUCUUCAAACGGAUGGCAGUCCUGCCGCGCUGUUUAAUUUCUUCGUGCAGAUAGUGAGGGAACAACUCCAUCUCAUCCUGGCGAUGAGUCCCAUUGGGGACAGUUUCAGGAAUAGGAUAAGGAAAUUCCCGGCGCUGGUUAACUGCUGCACCAUAGACUGGUUCCAGUCAUGGCCUGAAGAUGCCUUAUUGGCUGUAGCGGAACGGUUCUUGGGCGAGAUCGAGCUGUCGGAAAGGGAAAGAACGGUGUGCAUAGAUAUGUGUCAGAUGUUUCAUAUGUCGACGCAAGAAUUAUCCGCUGAAUAUUACUUGAGGCUUAACCGACACAACUACGUCACGCCAACGUCGUACCUGGAGAUGAUUAACACUUUCAAGACCUUCUUAGAUAAAAAAAGGAAUGAAGUACUCGUGGGGAAAAAGAGAUACGAGGUGGGUCUGGAGAAAUUGGACAGCGCCGAGUCGCAGGUUUCCAUCAUGCAGAACGCCCUGGAAGCUUUGCAGCCGCAGCUGGUGGUCGCCGCCGCCGCGGUGGAAAAAACGAUGAAGAUCGUCCAGGCUGAAUCGGAGGAAGCCGCCGCCGUGGAAAAGACUGUCAUGGAGGACGAAGAGGUGGCUAAUGAGCAGGCCAAGGCUGCUCAGGCGAUAAAGGAUGAAUGCGACGCCGAUCUGGCCGAGGCCAUGCCGAUUUUGAACGCUGCCUUGGCGGCUUUGAACACCCUGACGCCUGCGGAUAUAACCAUCGUGAAAACCAUGAAGAAUCCGCCCAAGGGCGUGAAGCUGGUUAUGGAGGCAGUUUGUAUUAUAAAGGACAUAAAACCGGACAAAGUACCAGCCCCUAGCGGGAUCGGAACGGUUGAGGACUACUGGGGACCAUCGAAAAAGGUGCUGGGCGACAUGAAAUUCUUGGAGAACUUGAUCAAUUUCGAUAAAGACAACAUACCAGUCCGCGUCAUGGACAAACUCAAACAUCAGAUAUUAAAUGACGAAAAUUUCGACCCGGAUAAAGUCAAAACUGCAUCAACAGCUGCAGAAGGUUUGUGCAAGUGGGUCAUCGCCAUCUCUAAAUACGACAAGGUGGCUAAAGUGGUGGCGCCGAAAAAGGCGGCCCUGGCGGUGGCCGAGAAUUCUUUCCAGACAGCCAUGGCGGCAUUGGAAAUUAAGAGAGCCAUGUUACGCGAGGCUAGAGAGAAGGUGGCCAAGUUGGUGGAGGCACUGGACGCUGAGAAGGGUAAAUUCGAGAAGCUAACGAACGAUGUGAACCUGUGCCAGCUGAAGCUCCAGAGAGCGGAAGAACUGAUCGGUGGAUUAGGAGGCGAGAAGACUAGGUGGAAGAGUAUGGCUAAAGAGCUGGGAGAAAAAUAUUAUUUACUGACAGGAGAUAUAUUGGUUGCUGCUGGUGUAGUAGCUUACCUAGGACCGUUUACCAUGAAAUUCAGACAACAGCAGGUGGAGCAAUGGAUAUCGUCGCUGACUGGGUUCCAAAUCCAUUGCACCAAAGACUUCCAACUGACAGCCGUCCUUGGAGAACCCGUAGUGAUCCGGCAGUGGAACAUCUACGGUCUUCCUACGGACAGCUUCAGCGUGGACAACGGCAUUAUUAUAUCGAAUGCCAGGAGGUACGCUCUUAUGAUUGAUCCCCAGGGACAGGCGAAUAAGUGGAUAAAAAACAUGGAGAAGUCGAACAAUUUGGCCAUAAUAAGACUUAACCAGGCCGACUACGUUCGAAUACUUGAGAACGCCAUUCAGUUUGGUCAACCGGUCCUCUUGGAGAACGUUGGUGAAGAACUGGACCCUAUUCUGGAACCGGUUUUGGCACAGCAGAUUUUCAAACAGGGCGGCGCCAUGUGUUUGAAACUGGGAGAUUCCGUGGUUGAGUAUAACUCAGAUUUUAAGUUGUACAUAACAACAAAAUUAAGAAAUCCACAUUACCUACCCGAGGUUGCCGUGAAGGUAACCCUAGUCAAUUUUAUGAUUACCAGCGUAGGACUCCAAGACCAACUGUUAGGAAUAACGGUGGCCAAAGAACGGCCGGACUUGGAGGCAGAGAAGAACGCUCUAAUUCUGCAAGGAGCAGAAAAUAAACGGGCGCUGAAGGAGAUCGAGGAUAAGAUCCUGGAGGUUCUGAGUUCCUCACAAGGCAACAUCUUGGAGGACGAAACAGCUGUUCAGAUCCUGAGCUCUUCCAAAACCUUGUCGAACGAGAUCGCCGCCAAGCAAGCUGUGGCCGAGGUGACGGAAAAGCAGAUAGACAAGGCCAGGAUGGAAUACACGCCCAUAGCUGUGCAUUCCACGAUUUUAUUCUUCACGAUAGCUGACCUGGCGAAUAUCGAUCCUAUGUACCAAUACUCCUUGGUAUGGUUCAUGAACUUGUUCAAAUCAGCCAUAGACAACACCGAGAAGAUUGAAGACGUGGCGUUCCGCCUGAAGGAUCUGGAAAGAUAUUUCACCUACUCCCUGUACGUCAACAUUUGUCGCAGUUUGUUUGAGAAGGAUAAAUUGCUGUUCUCGCUUUUGCUGACUAUAAACCUGAUGAAGAGUCGUGACGAGGUCGACUUUGCGGAAUGGAUGUUCCUGCUGACCGGAGGUGUAGGUUUGGACAAUCCGAACGUAAAUCCCUCGGACUGGCUUGUGCCGAGGUCCUGGGACGAGUUCUGUCGUUUGAAUGAUCUACCAGCGUUCAAUGGGCUCGUACAACACUUUACAGCGCAUACCGACGAAUGGAAGAAAAUUUUCGAUUCGGGAGAACCUCAGGAAUGUCCGUUGCCGAGCCCGUGGGAUACCAGAUUAAAUAAACUGCAGAAGUUAGCGAUACUAAGGUGCAUACGGUACGACAAAGUGGUUCCGGCUAUUCAAAAUUUUGUGACAGACAAUCUGGGCAAAAAAUACAUCGAACCACCUCCGUUCGACCUGAACUCAUCCUUCGCCGAUUCUCACUGCUGCAUCCCUCUGAUAUUCGUGCUGACCCCUGGGGCCGAUCCCACGGCGGUGUUACUGAAAUUCGCCGACGAUCAGGGCUUCGGGGCGGCCAGACUCUUCGCGCUGUCGCUGGGCCAAGGCCAAGGACCCAUCGCGAUCAGACUUAUAGACGAGGGUGUGAAGAACGGUACCUGGGUGGUCUUGCAGAAUUGUCAUCUGGCCAAGAGCUUCAUGCCUAACUUGGAGCGGAUUUGUGAGAAUCUCACGCCGGAUUCCACACAUCCAGAUUUUCGUUUGUGGUUAACUUCGUACCCAGCCGACCAUUUCCCGGUGUUGGUGCUGCAGAAUGGUGUUAAGAUGACGAAUGAACCUCCUAAGGGAUUGAAAAAUAAUAUUAUCAGGUCAUACAUGAGCGAUCCUAUCAGCGACCCCGAGUGGUUCGAGAACUGUAAGCAGCCGAUGGUGUUCAAGAAGCUCCUCUAUGCCCUUUGCUUCUUCCACGCUUCGAUACAGGAAAGGAGGAAGUUCGGCCCGUUGGGGUGGAACAUCCCUUACGAGUUCAACGAGACAGAUUUAAGGAUAAGCGUGAUGCAACUGCAAAUGUUUUUGAAUGAGUACGAGGACAUCCAAUACGACGCGCUGCUCUACUUGACCGGUGAGUGCAACUACGGUGGUCGGGUGACCGACGACUGGGACAGGCGCUGCCUCUCGACGAUCCUUAGGAAGUUCUACUGUAAGGAGGUCGUGGAGAACGUGAACUAUGCCUUGGAUCCCACAGGCAUGUAUUACUGUCCUGAGAAGACAGAAUACGACGAUUUCAUCAACUACACGAAAUCCCUGCCCCUUAUAACACACCCGGAAGUGUUCGGCAUGCACGAAAACGCCGACAUCAUGAAGGACCAGCAGGAGUCCACUUUGCUGUUUACCAACACAUUGCUUACCCAGGAUGCGAUGUCGUCUGGCGGUUCGGCUAAAUCUGCCGACGAAGUGGUGAUGGAGGUAUCGUCGGAUAUUCUGGCGAAAUUGCCCAAGAACUUCGAUAGAGACGUCGCGAUGGAGAAGUUUCCAGUUGUCUAUGCUCAGAGUAUGAACACGGUGCUGGUCCAGGAAAUGACCCGAUUCAACACCUUGCUGACGGUGAUCAGGAAUAGCCUGCGUAACGUUCAGAAGGCUAUUAAAGGUUUAAUUGUUAUGUCAGUGGAUUUGGAAGAAGUGGUUACAAGCAUCUUAACGGGAAGAAUACCACAGAUGUGGGCCAAAAAGUCGUAUCCUUCCUUGAAGCCUCUUGGUAGCUACGUCAACGACUUUCUUAUGAGAUUGUCAUUCCUGCAAAAAUGGAUGGACGAUGGGGCUCCUCCAACCUUCUGGUUGUCCGGGUUCUUCUUCACUCAGGCUUUCUUGACUGGGGCCCAGCAAAACUAUGCCAGGAAAUAUAAAAUCCCCAUCGACUUGCUAGUAUUUGAUUACGAGGUGUUGAAGCAGUCGCAUUUCGAGAAGCCCCCUGAGGAUGGAGUAUAUGUUUACGGGCUCUUUCUGGAUGGGGCGCGAUGGAAUGCGAAUAUAAUGGAACUGGACGAGUCUUUCCCCAAAAUGUUGUAUGAUGUUGUGCCCACCAUGUGGCUGAAGCCCAUAAAGAGGGUGGAUCUCAAAGAAAGGAAAUCGUACACGUGUCCCGUAUACAAAACUUCUGAGAGGAAAGGGGUUCUCUCCACCACGGGACACUCCACGAAUUUUGUCAUCGCCAUGAUUCUUCCGACUUCGAGGCCUCAGUCACACUGGAUAAUGAGAGGCGUCGCCAUGCUCUGUCAAUUGUCCCAGUAA